AUGCCUCCCAAGAAGAACACCACCCCUUCCAAGGCAAAGGCGCCUGCCGCCGCGCCUGCCCAUGGCUCCUACAUCGACAUGGUCAAGGAUGCUAUCAUCAACCUUAAGGAACGCAAUGGAUCAAGCCGUCAAGCUAUUCAGAAAUACAUUCGUGCCAACAACAAGGUCGAGAAUGUCACCGAUGCCGCCUUCAGGAGUCACGUUAACCGCGCCAUAACUUCAGGCGAGGAGAAGGGUGACUUCGCGCGUCCUAAGGGCACGUCUGGACCAGUGAAGCUUGCGAAGAAGGAGGCCAAGCCUGUCACUGCCACCGCUACCAAGAAGUCUGAGCCCAAGGCUGAGAAGAAGACCACUGAGAAGAAGGUCACCGAGAAGAAGACCGCUGAAAAGAAGACCGAGAAGAAGACUGAGAAGAAGGUCGCCGAGAAGAAGGCUCCCGCUACCAAGAAGGCCACCACCACUAAGGCUAAGGCUACUACCACCGCCACCAAGGCUGCUCCCAAGAAGGCCGCCGGCCGCCCAAAGAAGGCUACCACCACAGCUGCUGCCACCAAGGCUGCUCCUGCUGCUAAGCCCAAGGCCAAUGCUAGCAAACCCCGCAAGACUGCUCCAACCACUGCCGCCGCCCCUGCCGUCGAGGAGGAGGUAUCGCGCGUUCUAGGCAAGACCAAGUCUGGCCGUGUCACCAAGACCAAAGCUCCCGCCGCAGCCAAGGCAACAAAGAAGGCACCAGCAGCAAAGAAGACUGCUGCGGCGAAGAAGGCCACCACACCGAAGAAGAAGGCCACACCUAAGAAGGCCACACCAAAGGCCAAGGCAUGA